UCGCCUCCUCUGCGCACGCCAGUUGAGCCAUUCUCCUCCGUCCAUAACGAGAUUGUCACCGCGUAGUCAUCUCAUGUAACGAUCAAUCCCACCCUUAGCUCCGCAUCUAGUUUCUAACGACGGACUAAGCUAGCCACUUAUUCUUCGAGUUACUAACGCCGCUCAAGAUUAGCCUCUGCGUGGCAUUUCCGUCCACCGUCCUAAUCGUCGUUUUGCCUAGUAACACUUUUUCUCUCCACCGACCCCUGCGAGUCAAACGCCAUAGCGAAGCAGCCGUCAAUAAAAGGAAAAUCCUGGAACCUUCAAAGAAGCAAGUCGAUCUUUUCAUCCAUUCCCGCAACAAGUCGACGCGCGAUAAAUAGGAAACAAGGAGGCUUGAGAACCAGGAAGGCCUGAUUGCCUGCCGCUUCAUUAGGCAUAUUUUAAAGGCGUAGAGCGUCUAACUUAGAGUUGCCCCUAGCGGAGCGGGCGUGUCGGUAUAUCGCAGACAAGAUCGAUUGUAACCCGCGGGAGGAGGAGGUAGAGGAGGAGGAGGAGGCAGAGGAGGAGGAGGAGGCAGAGGAGGAGGAGGAGGCAGAGGAGGAGGAGGAGGCAGAGGAGGAGGAGGAGGAGGAGGAGGAGGAGGAGGAGGAGGAGGAGGAGGAGGAGGAAGAGGAGGAGGAGGGGGGAGGCAGCUGGAGGGAGCGGUUCCGUCUUGCGGUAACACCAUGAGCUCAUACGUGGAGGCGCCAUACUUCACUUCCCC